UAGCAUGGAUAACAUUUAUAUGUGAAACAGACCAUCUCUUGUUUCGGAUCUGAAUAUUUUGAUUUGUCAUAGGAGGGAGGAUAUGUGUAAAUAAUGAAACAAGUAAUGACUUACUUCCAUUCAGUUGUGCCAUGGCAGUGAAUUGUACAAAGUGAAUAGUUAGAAAGAAAUUCCACCAAUUGGUCAGAAGUGGCAUUGAAAUAUUUAUUUCUAGUUAGGACAAGCCGUCAUUUUUUUUUGCUAUUAUUUCCCGUUUCACCCGGAUAUUUAUAGCAGUUAUCGGCUGGGAAUGAUUACAACCGACUAAUACAGUAACUUCCAAUUUUCUGUUUUGACCCAAAGGCAACUGAGUUGACUUUACCCUCUGAUGAUGCCGUACUGCUGAAAGGAACGUGGAGGAACACAUAGUGCCAUCAGCAGUAAUGUCGACCUAUAUCCUGGGUGUAGAUGUGGGCACCACCUCGGUAAAAGCAGUUUUAUUAGAAACUGACACCAGAGCGGUGACUGCGAGCCACGCUUUACCUACUACGUCCGAUAUUAUCGACAGUAGCGAGAUAAAGGCUAAAGAGCAGGACACUGGGCGGAUCAUAGACGCUCUGAAUCGGUGCAUCGGCCUCCUGCCUAGAGACAAACUGCAGCAUGUCAGCAGCAUCGGGCUGUCCGGACAGAUGCACGGGGUUUUAUUUUGGAAAGGAGAGAGCGGUUGUGAUUGGUCCAACAGAGAUUUCUUCACAGCCAGAGACACCAGUCAGCUGAUCACCUGGCAGGACGGACGCUGCAGCGGUGACUUCCUGUCCUCCCUCCCAAAACCAGACUCGCAUCUCAGUGUAGCCACGGGGUUCGGCUGUGCAACAAUCCUCUGGUACAUGAAACACAGACCUGAGUUCCUUGGAGGCUUCACAGUUGCAGGUACCAUCCAGGACUAUGUGGUGUCCAUGCUGUGCGGUUUGGACGGGUGUGUGAUGACGCCUCAGAACGCAGCCAGCUGGGGUUUCUUCAACACUUCCUCGGACCAGUGGAACAUAGACAUUCUGCAGGGGGCCGGCUUCCCUGUGACCCUGCUCCCUCAGUGCGUGCCAUCUGGUGGAUUGGCGGGAAAGACGUGCUCUGACUGGCAUGGUAUUCCUGUUGGUACGCCAGUGGGAGCCGCCCUGGGGGACUUCCAGUGCUCGGUGUACUCCUGCAUGAGAGCUCGGACAGAUGCAGUUCUUAACAUAAGCACCUCCGCCCAGCUGACCUUCGCCAUGCCAGCUGACUUCAAACCUCCAGAUUCUCCUCAUCCCGCCUCCUCCAUCUCCUACUUCCCCUACUUUGACUCCUCGUACCUGGCGGUGGCGGCGUCGCUCAACGGAGGGAACGUUCUGGCCACUUUUGUGAAGAUGCUCACCACCUGGAUGAAAGAGCUUGAUGCUGAGCUGAGUGACACAUGCUUAUAUGAGAAGCUGAUUGGUUGCGCCCUGAACCAGGAAACCAGUGACCUGAGGAUGAGUCCCACCAUCCUGGGAGAGAGACACAGCCCUCUCUGCCUCGGUCAGGUCACCAACAUCUCCGCCUCCAAUCUCUCUCUGGGUCAUGUGACCAGGGCGCUGUGUCGCGGAGUCCUGGAUAACAUCACCUCCAUGAUGCCUGCCGAGCAUCUGCAGCAGGCGGGCGUCAGCAGGAUCGUGGGCAGCGGGAGCGCACUCGCUCGCAAUGAAGUGCUGAGACAGGAAGUGGAGAGGGCGUUUCCUCAGCCGGUGGUGUACGGGCAGAACGCAGACUCUGCUGUUGGCGUGGCCAUGGUCCUCUGUGACCGAACUUGAAUGAGACGCCACAGGGGAAUCCCUUCCUGUUUGAAUGAUUAACUAAUUUUGCACAGUUCUGAAUAUCACAACAAGUGGGUUGUGGAAUAUUUUGGACCAAAAUACAGAAUCGACCUAAUAAUCGACUGAAACUAGCUACAAAUCUGCCUUCAAACAUUCAAACUCACUGUGACUGAGCAGCUUUUAGAGAUAUACCAGGCAUCUCUGGGUUUACUUUGUUGUUGUUUAGUAGUGUUUCUUUUUUUUCCAGUACUGAAUCAGUAUAGCAACGAAUAUUUCUGCUGUUUUGGAAACAUGCUCCUCAUCAUUCUUCAGAAUAAAAUCUACUGUAGAGCUCUGACCAGAGCAGUGUACUGUGCAACAACAAAAUGUGCUGUAAAUUACUGUUGGUUUCUGCACCAACCCAGACGUAGUCAGAGUAAAAUGCAACGAGUUUAUGUUCAUUCCCUGCGUGUUGGUUUAUAUAAAAUCAAUGAAGCAUGAAUAGGCUAUAAAGGAAAAGAUAUUACCAUGUAAUUAUUGUUUUCCUUCCCCCUGGCUGAUGGUUUUUCAUGUCAGGUUCAUUUGUGAUUCCCUCUGGGUCGAGUAUUUCCAGCUCUCCACUUAACAUCACUCCUACAGUCAGGAGUGCUCAGGGGGGGAAUCUGUAGAUUGCUGCAGACCUCAGUGUGUGUGUGUGUGUGUGUGUGUGUGUGUGAGCUUUUUGUGUCUGAUGGAUGUUUUUGUGGUGUUGCACAUGUACAGGGGUCUGUGUCAGAAAGCAUCUUAACCUUGCUCACUGUUAUCAUCCUUGAUAAUUGGUUUCAUGCAGCUCGUAUCAACUGGCUCAUUUCCUGUAACUGAGGUGAAUAUCAUGCUCACAGACCAAACACAUGCAGCGUGUUAUGAUACAUGAGAUGUGACAUGACAUGAGGAUUUUUUUUUUAUAUUUGAGAAAAUAUAUUUACACAACUGGACUGAAUAGGAAGCCAUAGAAACAUUUGUAAUUCACCGGACUAAUUAACUGUAUGUGGAUUUCUCUUUUUUCUAAUAAAAAGUCAAUUACCAGCU